CCCCCGGGCGCCUCGCUGCCGCUGCUGCAGCGCGACUACCGCUUCGAGCGGGUCUGGUUCUGGGGCUGCAUCCAGGGCGUGCGCGGCGCCUACUACAUCGCCGAGGGGCUGGGCCCCGACCGCGCCGCGCCCCGCAGCCGCCUGUACAGCUUGAACUGCGUGGACUGGAGCCUCCUGACGCCAGCCACCAAGGAGAUGCUCGCACUGGCUGAGCAGGUGAAGGGCCGCUUUCAGGGGGAUCCUUCCUUUGAGUACGGCUUGUCUGAGAUAAACGCAGAAGCUGCUGCAAGACUGAUGGAAAGUGGUAAGGAGCCUGUGAUGAAGGAGGAGGCCCGCCUCAUAGCCACGAUUGAACUGAUAGACAGAGAAGUUGGUAUCGUCCCCCGAGGGGCUUUUGUGAAGACUCCUCUUGGGGCUGUGCAUGAAAAUAGACACUUUGAAGGUCUGUCUUUGGCAGAGGCAAAAAAGUUAAGUUCCUAUUUCCAUCUCACUAAGCCUGUUAACCUGAAGAAUAAAACCCUGCUGGAAAAGGCUGACCUGGACCCAUCCACCGACUUUCUAGACUCUCUGGAGCAUGAUAUCCCACGAGGCUCCUGGAGUAUCCAGCUGGAGAAGGGAGGCACUGUGGUGGUGCUGCGGAGCCUGCUGUGGCUGGGACUGACAUUCUACCAUGUCCCGAUGACCAAGCAAUUCGGCUACGUCUACUUUGGCACUGGUGAGAAGAAUCUUGAUCUGCCCUUCAUGCUGUGACUCUUCUGUCUGUUCUUUUCAAGAAGUAGAAAAGACCUAGAUUUUAGACAUAGGAAAUUUUGUUUACUGCUUGUUCUAAUAAAAAUGUGAAACCUCUGCACUUUGAGCAGGAUUCUU